AUGCACGUCUCGACAAACGUGGCGAUCACCACGGCCACCGUAGGCACCGGGGCGGCUACGGUAAUUGUGCUCGUUUUAUGCGCCCAAAUCGUCGCCGACAUCAACGAGUUCUCCCUGCAGGCCAACGACGAUUUUCAGGAGUUCCAGAACUUUGCCGACGACGCCUGGGGCUCGAUGGUGGAGCAAAUCGCAACGGCAAAGGAUACGGGAUUGAUUAUUUUUGAUGCAUUCCAUUUUUACGUAAAAUUUCGAGAUGUAGAUUGCGCCGCCAAAAACGAGCCGCACCCAGGCAGUCGGAUUGCAACUGCGGACGCCAUGUUGAUAAUUCGUGUCCGGGAGCCGAAGGGCCGGCUGGACGUCCUGGCCAUGAUGGUCGAUCUGGAAACCGAGGAUCGCCGGGGCGACGCGGCGAUAGAGGAGAACGCGGAGAGCCAGGCGACGAAGGAGCACCAGGAGCCCCGGGCCGGCCCGGCCAGAUUGGAGCCCCUGGAGCCGAUGGCAGAAGGCCCGGCCAUCCUGGAUAUCCAGGCGAUCAGGGCGGCCCGGGGGCUGAUGGCGAGCCUGGUAUGGAUGGGAAAGAUGGAGAAAACGGGGCCAAUGGACCCCCGGGAAAUGAUGCUGCUUACUGUCCGUGUCCGCCGCGAAGCGCCGCGAAUCUCCACCCAAGCCAGGGUGCAA